AAUUUCUUAACCUGUUUUCACUUUGUCAUUAUGGGGUAUUGUGUUAAUUUUAGAAAAAGGCUGUAACGUAACAAAAUGGGAAAAGUCAAGGGGUCUGAAUACUUUCCGAAUGCACUGUACAUACCAGGGCUACAGUGUCAUUACCAUGGAAAUACAACUAUAUCUAUAUGGCUUACAGCAUGAAACCAGAGUAAAAUUAUUUCCACCAGUUGGGACCGGCAGGGGCGAACUAGCAUUUGGCUCAAAUGCCAGAUGGGCUGGUCCACUGGGCCUGUCUAACUAGUACAUUUUUUUUGUUUGCAAAAUUAUCAUUACUUGGCUUAUAAUGGGGACCUCAAGGAAAAAAUGGGCUGGUGGGAGGGCCUUGGAUAAUAGGCCGAUGUGUCAGAAAUGCCAGUCCGCCCCUGGGGACCGGUAUUUGUAAGAGCUUUUAUACACUGAACACUAAUUGUUUUAUUACUUUUAGGAGAUAAAUCAUUGACAUAGCGUCAUUAAACGGCAUUCAGUGCUCCUUUUUUUUAUCUUCAUGUAGCCUACAGUAUAUUGUAUUGGAAUGAAGGGAUGAAAUGUGUGUUGUCUGCAGCUAGUUGUUGGUACAUUAACCCACCCUGGCUACUUUGAUGGUUUUCAAAGUGAAUGGACUAUUUUAUUUUAACUAAACCUAAACUAUGCUUUUCCUCUAGCUGGGCUUGCUGUUGGAUUCUUACUUUAAAUUGCAUUCCAAAUAGAUGGAUUUAUUGAUGAAAGAAUUGAUGUAUUAAUCAAUUAAUGUCUAUGUUAAGGCAAACAUACCGAAGUCGUUACUCUGUUUACAAGUCUGCUCUUCAGUCUGUAAACUGCCGCUCAACAUGUUGUAUACAGUACCAGUACAUUCUUUGUGAGGUAUUUUUUCAAUAUGUCAUUACAGAGUAUUUUGUGUAGAGGUGAGGGGGAUUUUUCUUAUUUUUUAUCCAUUUUGAAUUUAGGCUGCAACACAAUUUGUUUUUGUUAAGUCAAGUGGUAUGAAUCCUUUCUGAAGGCACUGUAGGUAACACAAGGCAAGUUUGAGGUCUGUGUUGGUCUAUACAGUUAUCGCUUUGUACAAUAAAACUAUUAUUAUGUAUACUGUUUAUUGUUGAAAUGACCAAUGGGUGGGUGCUGCACUCCCUUAAAGAAUGGAGUGCAGCAGACCACAACUCAUUCCAUGGGUGUUGGGUGAAGUGUGAUCGAUGGCACACAUGUUUACUACACUCUGACAGCCAUGUUAUUUGACCAAACAGGGUUGCCCUGGGCUUUCCUAGAGGCCAUAACAUUGUCCCAAAGUGCACUUUCACACCCCCCCCCCAUUAGGGAUUUAAAAGCAUUUGAUUGGUGGUUAUGAUGAGCACUGGCCGAAUGCAGCACCACCAACUCUUAGUGAAGUGGUACAUGGAGAACAGGAGUUCCAAAUCUUAGCCUUUUUUCAAUUGCGAAAUCUACCGCAAAGAGUUUUGUAAUCUGCCACAUCCCCUUUGAAUCAGCCAUUGUUUUCUCAUGUAGAAUAGCAUGCCCACAUUUAGAAACGAUAUGCAACUUAUCCUUUUAUAUAUAAAAUAUGUACCAUAACUAGCUACAUUUCUUUUGACCACUACACACAUGUAUUUUGGGGAUCUUCCUCUGUAAAUGUAACUUUCCCGAUGACAUGCUAGUGGGACAGGAGAGUCAUUUCAUACAAGCACAUAUGUUUUCUCUACUCAACUAACUUUGACCUUUUCCAAAAGGAGGCGAUGAGAGGACGCAAGGAAUAGAGCAAUCCAAUUGAGAUUCUCCCAGUGUGUUUAUGGUGGAGGAAAGCAUGAGACCUUCAAAGCCUUUGUGAAGGAAUGACUGACCCUUGGACCAAGGCCUGGUUAAAGCCUGUCUCUAACAAUGAUCAGCCAAUGAGAGAGCAGGGGAGCUGAAUGACCCAUGAGUUUAAUUACUGUAUCGGAUACCUGUGUCAAGUAUACGUAUGGACCUAUGUUAUGAUCAUUUGUGUGCCUAUAUGAAUGCAGCUUCUACAAUGUCACGGAGAUCUUGGAUUGAAGAUACCUUCUGCAAGAGAGCAUGUGGUAAAUUCAUCCCAGCAUGUCGAGACCUACACAGAUGUUUUCCAAUGUGUCAAGUAUGCCAAAACCUAAUAAGAUGCUGCUGUGGACGUCUGGUAGGGGAGCACACCUUGCUGGAGACUGGCCCUUCCAUGUCCAGCUGGCCUGGGCCUGGGACAGGGCAACAAGAGGAGUGGUCAGUGGAGUGCCACACACAAACCAGUGCCACCGAUGCCUACGGAACCAUUGACUUCCAGGACAGUGCUGGACGUAACUGCCAUGCCAAGUAUGUUCGUGUUGCGGUCGAUGCCAAGGCUGAGGCUCUGCUGCAGCUGAUGCGGAGUGAAUGGCAGAUGGAACGGCCUAAACUACUGCUGACGGUUCAUGGGGGGACAGAGAACUUCCCCCUCCCUCUCAAGGUUAGACAGGCCUUCAGCAAAGGCCUGAUCACAGCAGCCCAGAGCACUGGAGCCUGGAUACUCACAGACGGCAUCAACACAGGUGUGUCCCGGUACGUAGGGGAGGCUGUGAAAACAUAUGGCACCCAUGACCUCAGGAAGAGGAACGCUGUAGGGGUUACGCCUUGGGGUGUAAUUGACAAUCACAGUGACCUUAUAGGGAGAGAUGUGCUCAGGCCCUACCAGCCUCUGGGAAACCCCUUGAGUAAGAGGGUGUGUCUGAACGGCCUGCACUCCCACUUCCUGUUAGUGGACGAUGGAACUCUGGGAAAACAUGGCUGCCAGCUGGGACUGAGGAGGAAGCUGGAGAGGCACAUUCAACUGCAGAAGAUCCACCCUCGGUUUAACCAGGGUGUGCCAGUGGUGUGUGUGGUGGUGGAGGGCGGCCCUGACAUUGUGUCCAUGGUGCUGGAGUACUUGAGCAGUGUGCCCCCCGUGCCUGUGUUUGUCUUCGAGGGAUCAGGUCGGGCAGCUGACCUGCUGGCAUUCUUACACAAACAGACUGCUAUUGACAGACAGCUGGACACAGACAUCCAGGAGGACUUCCUGCUGAGGAUAGGGGGCAUGUUUGGUCUGGAGAGAGCAGACGCCAGCCAGCUCUACAACCUUCUGAUGGAGUGUAUGGACUACAGACAGUCUAUCACAAUCUUCGACUCGGAAUCUGAGGAUCAACAGGAGGCAGACUGUGCCAUUUUGACGGCCACACUGAAAGGCACCAAGGCGUCUCCUGGGGAACAGCUCAGUACAGCUCUGGCAUGGGACCGAGCAGACAUAGCUAAAAAACACAUCCUUGUGUAUGGCCAGCACUGGCAGGUAGGCUCGUUGGAGCAGGCCAUGCUGGAUGCUCUGGUUAUGGACCGGGUCGGCUUUGUCAAACUGCUGAUCGACAACGGUAUGACCAUGAACCGCUUUCUGACCGUGUCACGCCUGGAAGAACUCUAUAACACGCAGCAGGGACCAACAGACAAUUUUCUCCAUCUUCUCGUGGAAGAUGUGAAACAGACCCAUAUACCUAAAGGAUACAGAGUCUCCCUCAUAGAUGUGGGGCAGGUAAUCGAGUAUCUGAUAGGAGGAGCCUAUCGGAGCACAUACACACGGAAACACUUCCGGGCACACUAUAACCUCCUAUAUGCCCAUUGCAAGGAGACUGGACGGGAUAGUUCAGGACCCCUUAACAAAAAGAGGAGGGCAGACUGCACCCUGCGCCCGCACCAAAGCCCAAACAGUAGUCCUUCAAGGCCACCCUUCUUCCGCACUGCUCAGCCCUAUAAACGCAAGGAAAGAUCCAUGGUGCUCAGGGACCUGAAGGUGGCCCAGCAGCAGAGCUCCGAGCUGGGUGACUCUCCACUGUUUGUUUACAACUUCAAUGACCUGUUUGUGUGGGCUGUGCUGCAGAGGCGGCAGCAGAUGGCGCUGUUCCUGUGGCAGCACGGGGAGGAGGCCAUGGCCCGGGCUACAGUGGCCUGUAAACUGUACCGUGCCAUGGCCUACGAGUUUCGGCAGAGUAACAUGGAUGACACCACAGGGGAGCAGCUCAAAACCUACUCUAUGGACUUUGGUCAGCUGGCGGUGGACGUGCUGGACCGUGCCUUCAGACAGAACGAGCGCAUGGCCAUGAAACUGCUGACUUCGGAGAUGGAGGCCUGGAGCCACUUCACCUGUCUGCAGAUGGCUGUGUCCUCCCGGCUCCGCCCCUUCGUCUCCCACUCCUGCACCCAGAUGCUGCUCACCGACCUGUGGACCGGCCGCCUCAACAUGAGGAAGAACUCCUGGUUUAAGAUCAUCCUGAGCAUCCUCAUGCCCCCUGCCAUCCUGCUAUUGGAGUUUAAGAGCCAGGCAGAGAUGUCCCAUGUCCCCCAGUCCCAGGAGGCUUUGCAGUUUGGUUGGGACACGGGAAGACCAGAGGCAGCCCAGGAGGGGGGGCAUACGGAUGGCCAGGAUGCGGAGAAGGGAUCAGCGUGGUGGGAGAGUUGCUCAGCCCCCGAAGCUGACACAAUCACACCUGUUACCACCCAGUGUUUCUUCUGGACCACGAGGCUGUACGAUUUCUACACCGCUCCUGUCGUCAAGUUCUGGUUCCACACGAUGUCCUACCUGGCCUUUCUCAUGCUGUUCUCCUACACUGUUCUGGUAAAGAUGGAGGACCGGCCCAGCACUCAGGAGUGGCUGGUCAUUGCGUAUAUUAUAUCCACUGCUGUGGAGAAAACAAGAGAGGUGUUCAUGUCAGUGCCGAGGAAACCCAGUCAAAAGCUGAAGGUGUGGUUUGGAGAGUACUGGAAUGUGACUGACUUCCUGGCCAUCGUCCUCUUCCUGGUGGGGCUGGGGCUACGCUGGGACAGCGGGUCCUACCGGACUGCCGGGCGGAUCACCUACUGCCUGGACAUCAUCUUCUGGUAUGUUCGGGUGCUGGACCUGCUGGCCGUCAACCAGCAUGCCGGGGCCUACCUCACCAUGAUCACCAAGAUGACUAGUAACAUGUUCUACAUUGUGGUGAUGAUGGCGAUUGUGCUGCUGAGUUUCGGCGUGUCCAGGAAGGCCAUCUUGUCUCCAGACGAAGCUCUGUCAUGGAGCCUGCUCAGAGAUGUAGUCAACCAGCCGUACUGGAUGAUGUUUGGAGAAGUGUACGCAGGCGAAAUAGACACCUGUGCAGGUGACACGCCGUGUGUCCCCGGUGCCUUCCUCACCCCCUUCCUCCAGGCCGUCUACCUCUUCUUCCAGUACAUCAUCAUGGUCAACAUCCUCAUUGCCUUCUUCAACAAUGUCUACUUUGACAUGAGGUCCAUAUCCAAUAAGCUGUGGAAGUACAACCGCUACCGUUACAUCAUGACCUAUCAGGAGAAGCCGUGGCUGCCCCCGCCCCUCAUCAUCCUGAGUCACAUGACCCUGUGUGUGACUGCCAUUUACCAGAAACACAGAGGCUUGUCCGAGCAGGAGACGGACUCCUGUGGGCUUAAGCUUUACCUGGGCCAAGAGGAGCUGAAGAGGCUGCAUGAGUUUGAGGAGAGGUGUUUGGUGUCGUAUUUCCACGAGAAAAACCAAGAUGUUCUCUGCAGCCAGAUAAACAGGGUACGAGCCACUGCAGAAAGGGCUGAGGAGAUGGGUGUGGUUAUGGGCGAGGUGUCGGACAGGGUCCACUUCAUCCAGGAUACCCUGCAGGUGUUGGACAGCCAGCUGGGUCAGCUGCAGGACCUGUCCGCCCUGGCCGUGGACACUCUCACCCUCCUAUCGGCCUCCGAUAGCCUGCAGCAGGAGGAGGCCCGCCUAGGCCACUGUCGGCCAAUCACCACCUCCCGUCACCAUGUUCCCCACAGCUGGACCCUCCCCCACGGAGGUGGAGGCAGUGUUGACAUCAUGCCCUGCCACACCCCUAGGGCCUACCGCAGCACACCACCCUCCCUGCUGUGGGGCCACACCUCCUCCCGCAGCCAACGCCCGUCACUGGAGUGGCACACUGGGGCCUGGGGGGGCGGCGACCAUGGAGGGCAGGGGGCUGGUGAGUCGUGUGUGCCUUCCCGCUGUGGCUCUCCUCCGUACCCUUCGGCCUUGGCUAUAGACAGUUCUCUGGAACCCCCGCACGGCAAACCCAGGGUCUGCUGUGACCCUGAGAUGUCCAUGGAAAAGGAAGGGGAGGAGUUUGGGAAGUCCUUUGAUGUGAAUGUGUCCAGGGCCUCUAGUCAUGCCUUCCUGUUGUCGGACACCCAGGAUGAGAGAGGCUGUGGGGCCAGGGGUUUGGUGAACCCCGCCUUCUGUAAGGACGACGACCCUGGGGCAGUUCACUCCAGACGGGGCCAGUGGGGCAGGAAGCGUCCUCACCGGUGGGCGGGUCUGUCCAGGGACCGGCCCUACAGUCACAGCCGCUCUCUCUCCUCUAGCAUGGAGAACAUGGCUCUCUCUGGUGUCCCCCUGAGCCAGCUACGAGCCUCCUUCCCCGCUCUCGAUUGCCUGUCGGAGGGGGGAAGAUUCACAGCUGACAUACCCCUUGGCUGCAGUAAAAGCAGAGAGUGGUCCAACUGGUUUGAUCUGGCAGUGACCUCAGGGAGCAGAGAGAGGUGUCAGGGCAGGAAGACAGUCAAGAUCCUGGAGGAGAGUUCUUCAGACGCUGGGAAAGAGGUGGACUCAUACCUCUCCGACGUGUGCAGAAAGAGGAGGCGCAGGGGAGGAGAGCCUGUGUGCUGGUCUGCCUCUGCCAGCCCCAACCCUCUCAAUUCUGAACCCAUGGAUUCGUUGCAGAAAGUAGCUUUUUCACGUCAGCAGGACUCCAGUCAGUCCGUGUGGACCAGCAGGGCCUGCUCUGUCAGCUGCAGAUCCUCAGUGCGAAGUGGGAUCGCACGUGAAGAAGACCUGGACCCACACUACACAGCCAUGGAAAGGAACAACCUGAUGAGGCUUGCUCACACCAUACCUUUCACACCUGUCUCCAUAAUGGCGGGAGAGGAGGUGAGUGUCUACACCCUGGAGGAGGUUGAAGCUGCAGGCCCGGAGUCCUCCAUACCCUACUGGUCAUCCAAGGGGCUGUCUGCUGUGCUGCAGCCGCUGUCCAGCGAGGGCUGUCUAGAUGGGGGGCUGCGCAGGGCCAUGCUCGUACUUUGCACCUGGGCCGAGAGGGAUGUCCUGAGGGUGGGCUGCGUGUAUUUGGUCAAAGCCAUCCAGCCCGAUGUGGUCUGCACCUGGCAGAGGGUCUUCCACAGCGACACCACCCUCCAACUCUGUCUGCGGGAGAUACAGCAACAGAGAGCUGCUCAGAAACUCAUGCAUGUGUUCAACCAAGUAAAACCAGAAAACAUGCCUCAUUCUCCAAGGUUCCUGGACAUGUCUCUUCUUCACUGGCACUCUGACGGCCAGUGGUUGACCAUCGAGAGGAACAUGACGGGAGAUUUCAGGAAGUACAAUAAUAACACAGGAGAGGAGAUCGCCCCCUGCUGUGGGAUGGAGGAAACGCUCCUGGCCUUCUCCCACUGGACCUACCAAUAUUCCUGCAGGGAACUGCUGGUGUUGGACUUACAGGGAGUGGGAUUGGAGCUUACAGACCCAUCGGUCAUCCGAGCAGAAGACACAAGCUCGAGUGAUGACAUGGUGUUUGGUCCUUCUAACCUGGGAGACGCUGCCAUCCACAGCUUUGUCAUCAAGCACACCUGCAACUCCUGCUGCGAGAACCUCGGACUCUCAGAUUUGAGGAGGAGCACAGACAUCCACGGGAAAACAGAACACAGGCCUUUUGAAAAGGAGAGUGGAUUGAUCAUGACUAGGAUGUAACCUCUGAUCCGGAAGCAGAAGUACGCCAUCCUAACCUCUGAUCCCAAAGCAGAAGUACGCCAUCCUAACCUCUGAUCCGGAAGCAGAAGUACGCCAUCCUAACCUCUGAUCCCGAAGCAGAAGUACGCCAUCCUAACCUCUGAUCCCGAAGCAGAAGUACGCCAUCCUAACCUCUGAUCCCGAAGCAGAAGUACGCCAUCCUAACCUCUGAUCCCGAAGCAGAAGUACGCCAUCCUAACCUCUGAUCCGGAAGCAGAAGUACGCCAUCCUAACCUCUGAUCCGGAAGCAGAAGUACGCCAUCCUAACCUCUGAUCCGGAAGCAGAAGUACGCCAUCCUAACCUCUGAUCCGGAAGCAGAAGUACGCCAUCCUAACCUCUGAUCCGGAAGCAGAAGUACGCCAUCCUAACCUCUGGUUCAGGUGGGAUGAAGUUGCCCUUAAAGCAUAGACACUGAUUUAAUGUCACUUUUGUGUUUUCCUCCCCAAAUGGUUAUGGUUAGGAUCUGGAGAAGCUAAGCGGAUCCAGAGGUGUACAAGGGUAACUUCUACCAGGAAGGAAAGCACUCACUUGGUUGGUUUGAAUGGAUAGUGUACAUUGUGUAGCUUUAUGUGGACUAAAUCUUGUGUUGGAUGUCUGGUAGGGCUUUUGUUGUAACAGCAGUUUACAUUGCAGAAGUCUCAGCAGCAAGCCAGAUGCUGUAGUCUUGCAUUCAUUCCGCCUAUGGAGUGCAUAGUGGAGGGAGGCCGCAGUGUCUGUUGUGCCACAGGUAACCUAUUAAUCAAUCAAACACUUUGCCUUAUUGUAAUGUUAUGUAUCAUUAGACAUGAUGCAGAGGGCAUCCUAGGAAGGUGUUUCCAUACACCAAGAUAUUUUGUUUGUUCUCUGUUCUGUUUAAAUGAACUCCUGGUUAAUUUUGAAAUGAGCACCACUUUUAUGAUCUUUUCAGCUAUUAUGGCAGCCAUUUUGAAUGUUCACAAUAACUCACCUUCCUUGUUAAGUUUCAAACGGGCAGACCUUCUGGGAUGUUUUCAGAUCCCCUGAGGAAUUGUUGUACCAAAUGUCAUGCUUAUAUCUGCUUCAAAAUGUUUCGUUU